CCUCCUCACAAAAAAUCUAAAGGCAAAAUGAUGCAAACCAAAAUCUCUUCUUUCUCUCGACCAAGCUUCACUCUCCAUGAACCGAGAGUAGUUCAUAAUCCUCGAAUCUCCAUGGCUAUAUGCUCAUUAUCAUCAUCAUCAUCAUCACCAUCACCGUUUCACCAUCUUCUCUGCAAGUCCACCUUCCCUCUCGCUGCCUCACUCACCCUUCUCUUCUCUCCUUGUACCGCUGAAGCAGGACUAAUGUCGGGAUCUCCCGGUAUAGAAUCAGUUCCUGGUCCCGAAUUACCAAAAAUCGAAUUCCUCGACCGUUUCAAUGCAAGGAACCAGAAGUACUACGCAGAGAACGAUGCCAGAUUCAAAGAAUCUCCACUUCUCAAGAAACUACUUGAGAAUUCCAAACUCAACAAAGAAAAGAAUGAAAGAGAGAUUCAAGACAAAUAUUGUCUAAGAGGAGCAGAAUGGGGAGUUGGAGAUUGUUCAACUACAGGAAUGACAGAUGAAGAGAAGGAGAAAUUCAUCACAAUGUUGAAAAAGAAGACUGGUGUUGAAUAAAAACUUGGAAUCACAUAAUUGUAUUUUUGCAAGAAUGGCUUUAGAGAGAAUCUAUGCUAAUUGUUAAAGUUAUCAAUGCCAAAUCCAAAUGGUUACAAAACAAAA